UUGACUCGUUCAUUAAAUUACAAACUAGUAUUAAGCAAGCUGCAGUAGAUCUCUAAAGGAAGCCUGAAACAUUCAAUCAAAGCAACAUUUUAAUUACUGAAUUUUUUGUUAUUACAUUUUACAUUUAUUUUCAUCUCCUCUGAUGCUUUUUACAGCAUUUAACAAUUGUUGUUAAAGAUAUUAUAUAUUCACAAAUCAUCACGUCAGAUAAGGUUCAUCUAGUUUAUCGGUCACAGAUCUGGACUUUUACUUGUGAAAUUUAAAAAAGCUACCUCUCUGGAAAUGAAUCUUGUACAACUUUUAAUUGAUGUUGCUUUACUGAUCAGCUUAUUUGAUGCUGUUUCAGGACAAGAAAAGAAAGAUUGUGACAACUGUUACAAAAUAGAAGCUGGCACCAUGGCUGGAAUUGUAGUUGGUGAUGUUGUUGUAACAUUAGUUAUAGCUCUGACAGUCUACUACUGUGCAAGGAAACAGACAAAGAAGACCCCUGGUCGAGAAAAUUUGUACAUGAAUAUGCAUUCUGCACUGGAUAGAAGACAUGUAGUAAAGCAAUAGCAAGAAGCAACACCACACAAAGAAGACAUGGUUUCAAAGCAAAUCUACAUGGCAGAAAUGUGCUGAAUGAAUAUCUUAAUAAACAAAGACAUAUAUAAAUCAAUAUUA